AGCCAUGUGUUGCGCUGAUAAUCACAAUGACAGAUGUGUGUGAGUGCGCCUUUGCAUUUCCGUCGCUCCACUAAAUGCAAUGUAAAGCCUUCGCACCUCAGGUCUUAGCAAAGUGGUCUGACUUUUAACAAUUCCAUUCCGCAUGGCUCACCGAACAUCUGUAUCCGUGGACAGCAGCCCCACAGCUUUGUCUUUGUCUUUGUCCCCUAAGUAGGACUCGGCCUGGAAAGUUUUUUUUUUUUUUUUUUUUAUCAGUGUCAGAUGAGAAGUGAGUGACGAAAAAAGAUGACAGCUGUUUGACGCAGACACGUCAAGAGCGGGUACACAUGUAAACUGGAUCUUAAUUUCAACAACAGGGCAAGAAUGAGUGAAACUUCAAUAGAGCUUAUGCCUCAGCUCCCAGUUCUGUCAUCAUCGCAGCCGGACUCUGAGAAGGUGCUUCAGCCCCCUGCUCUGUUUCAGCUGCCACUCACGACCCAGGAUCCCCAGCAGCUCCAGCAGCAAAGCCAGCUCCAGUCUGAGCUGCAACAACAGGAAAACUCUGGGGCAAACCUUGAGCAGCUGGCAGAGUCUGUGUGUGUAAAACAUAGGAGUCUGCUUCUCCUGCUUUUGGGAAUCUCCUUUUUCACAGCCGUUUCAGGGCUGAUAUUCUAUAUACACCACAUUUUCCAUGUUGAGAAACAAACACCUAUGCCCCCUGUGACGCCCUGCCUCUCACAAGCUUGUCAAAGGGCCGCAGCCCGUCUGUCCACCUUUGCUGAUCCGUUCACUCAGACGUGCGAUCACUUUUUAUCCAAAUGUGGAUCAGAUACAAUUUUGCUGACGAGUGGGGGGAGACAAAGAGGUCAGGGUAUACCUGGACAUCCACAAAACCAGAUGGAAAAGUCAGUGUGGACGCAGACGCCCAAAGGGGAGAAGAAGGUCAGGGGACUGAAAGAAGGAAGACUGCAGAGCCGAAAAACUCUGUUGCUGCAAUACCUGAAGGGGAUGUUAGAGACCAACAAGAAUUCACAUAGUUCAGCUGUUCAGAAAACAAUGGACUUCUACCAGUCCUGCUUGAACACAAGUUCAAUAGAAGCUGCAGGAGAGAAACCGUUCCUCGCCCUCAUCCAGAAGCUUGGAGGUUGGCCUGUAUCAGGGAUCUGGAAUAAGACUGAUUUCAACUCUACCCUGGCUUUACUGAUGAGAGACUACGCCACUUUUCCCUUCUUCAACCUCUAUGUGGGCAAAGACCCAAAUGAAACCACCAGUGGGGUAACCAAAAGAAGAUACAUCCAGAUUGAUCAGCCAGACCUGUUGAUCCCAAUUGAAUGGAACAGCAAGACAGAAAAAUCUGGAGCUAAAGCUGAGACUCUACGUCCCUUCUUGGCUUUGUGUCAGAAGUACCUGGCCCUUCUGGGAUCUCCUCAGACCACAAGCACGAUUCAUGUUUACAUGUUCAUUUCUUUGUCAUCUGAGCUUGCUGUGGCAGCUUCACCUCUUCAGUAUCGCCUGCUGAAAGGACAACUUCAUCAGCACAUGUCCAUCGAAGAACUCCAGAGACAGGCUCCAGCCAUUGAUUGGUUAGGCUGCCUGCAGGCCGUUUUCCACCCGCUGUCCCUGAGCAAGGACGAUCAUGUCCUCCUCCAUAACCUACCCUACAUUGUUCACAUGUCUCAGAUCAUUAACAAAUGGCAGAACAAGCCUGAUAUUAGCAACAGCGGUCCCCUGCACACUUACAUGCUCCUGAACCUGCUGCACACCCUCAUGCCCGCCAUGGACUCAAGGUUUUCAGAGACAUCAAAGGCUUUUUCUGGGGCUCUGGGAAACGAUGACGAGAAAAUUCCUCGUUGGAAACACUGCGUGCUGGCAGCUGAAAGAGGAUUUGACUCCGUUUUAAUACACCUUCUCAAAAAUGUGACAGCACACAGAGAGGCAGAAAAAAUGACUGAAGAUGUCUUCUUCUUCUUUAAGUCCAAACUGCAUCAGCUCAGUUGGGUCGACCAGAACUAUUCCCAGCUCUUCACAGAUAAAGUCAAUUCCCUUAUUCCAAGACUGUGGACUCCCAUCAGAACCUCUGGAGAAAAUGAGCUUGACCUGCUUUUUUCCCAGGUAAACAUCAGCUCUCACAACUUCUUCUCCAACUACAUCCAGCUACUGACACUGUGGCAAAACAGACGCAGUAAACUCUUAAUUUCUCCAUCUGAGCCUAUCGAUGUCCUCUCUGUCACCCCUUUCCCUUUGGGUAAUGAAGUCCUCGUUCCAAUGGGAAUGUUCAUUCCCCCUCUUUUUCAUCCCACGUAUCCAAGAGCAUAUAAUUACGGUGCUGCUGGCUUCUUGCUCGCCAAAGACAUCUUUCAUUUAUUAUUGCCUGAAAUUCACUCCUACAGCGACACAGUUCCGGCCGUAGCAGAAUGUUUGUUGGCUCACUACCUCAGAACGACGGAAAAAGCCGGCAGGAGUGGUGUGUUGACCCUCUCGGCAUCACAGCAGCAGGAGCUGUGGGUGCAGUACUCUGCCCUGGAGGUGGCACUGACGGCUUAUCAUCAGAGUCUGAUCCCCCAUUCUGACGACACCUCCCUCCUGGGGUUGUCUCACACUCACCUGUUUCUUACAUCUUUUUCCCAGAUGAGCUGUGACAGCGACCCUUAUCAGGAAUUCAUGCCCUUGGAUCCCGCCUUCCUGAUUGCAGUCUUCUGUGCCAGAUCAAAUCUGUGUCCUGCGAUGCAAUGUUCUGUGAAAAAUUAUCAUAUUUCACCACAAUCAUGCGGAAGUUUCCUGUAAGGACAGGCAGGGAUUUUUUUUUUCGGAGUAUAUAAUUGAACUGGGUAGCUGUAACAUUCAGUACAACCCAAAAGGGAUUUUUAAAAAAUAUAUUUUUUCAGAAAUAUUGAGACGGCGUGUCUGCAAACUGCAUCAAUUGCACGAGUUAGUAAUUAUUCAUUUAAACAGAAAAUAAAUAUUUAAAAGAAUUCUUGUUUUUUUUCCUUCUCAGAGGUGGGCAAAUUUAUAUGCACACAACGUUACCAGAAGUAUUUUUUCACCCAGUCACACGAUCAGAAUUAGGUGUCCUAAUCAUUUGGCCACAGGUGUAUAAAAUCAAGCUCUCAGGCAUGCAGACUGUGUGAAAGGAUGCGCCGCUCUCAGGAGCUCAGAAUUCCAUCGUGGAACUGUCAUAGGACGCCACCUGUGCAACAAAUCCAGUCCUGAAAUGUUCUCGCUCCUGAAUAUUCCACAGUCAACUGUCAGCUCUACCAUAACAAAAUGACACACAACAGCAACUCAGCCAUGAAGUGGUAGGCCACGUAAACUGACAGAGUGGUCAGCGGAUGCUGAAGCGCAUAGUGCAAAGAGGUUGCCAACUUUCUGAACAGUCAAUUGCUGCAGAGCUCCAAACGUCAUGUGACCUUCAAAUCAGUCCAAGUACAGUACACAGAGAGCUUCAUGGAAAGGGUUUCCAUGGCUGAGCAGCUGCAUCCAAGCCACACAUCACCAAGUGCAAUGCAAAGCGUUGGAUGCAGUGGUGUGACGCACGCCACCACUGGACUCUAGAGACGUGGAGACGCUUCUCUGGAGUGAUGAAUCACUCUUUUCCAUCUGCUAAUGUGAUGAACGAGUCUGGGUUUGGAGGUUGCCAGGAGAACAGUACAUUUCUGACUGCAUUCUGCAGAGUGUGAAAUUUGGUGGAGGAGAUAUUAUGGUGUGGACUUGUUUUUCAGGACUUGGGCUUGGCCCCUUAGUUCCAGUGAAAGGAACUCUGAGUGCUUCGGGAUCCCAAAACAUUUUGGACAAUUCCAUAUUCCCAACCUUGUGGGAACAGUUUGAAGCGGCCCCUUCCUUUUCCAACAUGACUGCACCAGUGCACGAAGCGAGGUCCAUGAAAAGAUGGAUGACAGUCUGGUGUAGAUGAACUUGACGGGCCCGCACUGAGUCAUGACCUGAACCCAAUAGAACACCUUUAGGAUGAAUUAUAGCAGAGACUGAGAACCAGGCCUUUUCCAUCAGUGUGUGACCUCACCAAUGUACUUUUGGAAGACUGGUCAAAAAUUCCUACAAACACACUCCUCAACCUUGUGGACAGAGUUCCCUGAAGAGUUGAAGCUGUGAUAGCUGCAAAAGAUGUACCAACAUCACACUGAACUCUCCGGGUUAGGAAUGGGAUGGUACUUCAGUUCAUUUGAGUCAAGGCAGUUGAGUGAAUACUUUUGGUAGUAUAGAUUAUUAUUAUAGUAUACACAUUUUUUUACCUUCAAAAAACGUAAAGUAAUAAUAGAUCUACCUAUUUGUCUUUCUGGUUUUUACUUCUUUAAUUGAUGUGCCUGCUUCAAUGACUUCUAAUCCGGCUUCAAAAGAACAUAGCAACAGAAGAUUUUUUUUCAAAUAUCAUAGAAGAACUGUACCAUUUUCAUUCAAAACUGCAACAUUUUUUUUCUUUUUGUAAAGGAAGGACAGAGGUGAAAGUGUCUAACUAAUUCUGGUGGAAACAGUUUUAGAAAAAAAAAAAGGGAAAGCACAACUUUAGAGCUGAUGGAAGAGGCAGGAACAAGCAAAAAGAACCCCACUGGCAGAGGCCUUGGAAAAGCUGGAGCCAGGCGUCUGGGACAGCUUCUGAAACGAGCCAUCCAGAACCCUGAGCCUGAAGAUCCGACACGAGGGAGGAAAGAUGUGCUGCCCAAGACUCCUUUACGUCUUUUAAAGCAUUGGAUUCAAACGCAGACUAAGAAUGCAACCGAGAAAGACUCCACCAAGCUGGCUUUACCCGAAGUAUCUAAGCUUGUCCAUGGUGUGGUGCAUCUGUACAAACAUGGAGGCGGCAUCUCCAUGGCACAGCUCAAGCAAAAACUUGCUGCCGAAGGCUAUGAUGUCACAAAAAACAACAGGCAGGUCAAGGCUGCAACCAAAAGGCUAGUAAACAAUGAGGCAUUUGUGCGGACUACAAGAAGUGCAUCACUGAGACUCAACAAAAAGAUAUUAACAGGCAAAAGGCCAGUUAAGACAAACCCUGUGAAAUCCCCAAAAAAUGACUCUCCGAUCAAGAGGGAAAUCCCAUAAACCAAAGGGCAAGACACACAUGAGGGCACAAUCAAAAAGGCAAAGCUGUGAAACCAGCUGCCCGAGUUGAGGAAAACUGCAGUCAGGGAGCAAAGAUCUGCAAAAAUUCAAGCUGCACAAGCAAAGAAUAUACAGAAAAACGGGUAGCUGAGGGGUGGAUAAGUUGCCAUCAAUGGUUGAUGUACAACCAGAAAAAACCUAAACAUUCUUACAAGAAAACCUGUUAAGAGACA